UGUUGGCCCACGUGAUAUGGAUCCGAGCAAAGAAAAGGGCCCUUGCAGCAAGUUCUCGACUUGCCAUGGCCUUCAGCUUCUGAUCAAGCACGUUGGUGGCUGCAAGAAAAAGGGUUAACGGAGGGUGUUUGCGCUGUAAACGGAUGUGGCAGCUCUUUAGGCUGCAUUCCUCCAUUUGUGACCAUUAUGAUGAAUGCAGAGUUCCUCUAUGCAGGUGUAUUUGAAGCAAUGGAUGCUUCAUCGAGAGAUGAAGCACCUAUGCUGCCAGCUUCACAUUUACAGUCCGAUGAUGGUGUCUCCUCUGCAAGAAGAGGGAUUUCUGGUAAGACGAGGAGUGUGUCAAUGUCUUUCGCUAUGGAGUCUCCACAUCCAUCCGAAUACCAGCAAAAUCUAGUUGGUUUAACUGGCCCUUUGAGGCAAAAUUCUCAAGUACAGAUGAGUGGUCCAUUACAUCCUAACCGGAACAACGAGGUCAUCUUUAGGCCUCCUCAGACAGCUGCUGAGCCUGAGAAUCAGGCCAGGAAUGGUGAUGGGGACUACGUGGGGAAGAAUGAGAACCUCUUGAGCUCUGGGCAGCUCGGGAAGUGCAGUGAUCCCUACUGCACAGCUUGUCCCAUCUAUUAUGUUCAGCAGAAGCCGUUAAGGACCACAGAGAUGAUUGAUGCUAAGUAUCGCAAUAUGCUCUAUGGCGAUGCACAAAGUUGGGCAAAGAGAAUGCGUUCGCAUUUCCUUUCUUACAUUCCUGGGGUUAUUAAUCCUCAUGCAAAACUCGUUCAAUGGUGGAAAAAGUUCUUCGUUAUCUGUUGCAUUGUUGCGUCAUUUCUCGAUCCAUUUUUCUUUUUCCUAUUUUUUGUGAACAAGGAUUACAACUGCGUCGAAUUAAUUUGGCCUAAGACACGAGAAUUUCUCAUCUUGAGGACCAUUAUCGACUGCGUUUAUUUCAUGCAUAUCCUCCUUCAGUUUAGGCUAGCUUAUGUUGCUCCUGAAACAAGAGUUGCAGGGUCUGGCGAUUUAGUUGAUGAUCCUAAGAUGAUAGCCUGGAAUUAUUUCACGACAUACUUUCUUGUCGAUCUAGUUGUUGUACUUCCCUUGCCACAGAUUAUAUUAAUAUUUGUCUUACCACACUCUGCCUCGUCACCUGGAAUCGGAAUUAUAAAAUUUGUCCUUCCAUUGGCUAUUCUCGUUCAGUAUAUACCAAGGCUGUGCAGAUUCUUACCUUCUGUUGCUGGUUUUUCCCCAACUGGCUUCAUGUUUGAGUCAGACUGGGCAAAUUUCCUCAUGAAUCUUCUCAUGUACAUUUUAGCGAGCCAUGUGGUUGGCUCAUGCUGGUAUUUUCUUAGCAUACAGAGGGUCAAUAAAUGCUUUGAAGAUGCAUGCCAUGGCGGGAACAAAAUCAGUAACUGUACAAAAUUCAUCAGCUGUAAUCAUGGAUAUGAGAAGAGGUUUACACCCAUGCCGGACUGGAAUGACUCGAAAAAUAAUGAAAAUGCAAAUGUUUGUUUUAUGAAAGACAGUUUUGACUUCGGGAUAUUUGUAGCUGCUGUCAAUCUGACCACCAACAGCGACAUUUUCGAUAGAUACUUGUAUUCACUCUUUUGGGGGUUCCAGCAAAUUAGUACGCUAGCUGGGAAUCAGGAGCCGAGCUACGUGCCUCUCGAAGUUGUUUUCACCAUGUUCAUAAUAGGGAUAGGUCUGCUGCUUUUCGCUCUUCUGAUUGGGAAUAUGCAGACCAUUCUGCAGGAACUUGGACGCAGGAGGUUAGAAAAGUCUUUGAGAGGCCGCAAAGUUGAACAAUGGAUGAAACAUCUUCGCUUACCUAAUAAUCUUCAAAGUCAAGUCCGAGCUGCAGAACGCUUCAACUGGGCAACAGGUAGGGGUGUAAACAAAGACGCGAUGAUAGAGAACUUUCCAGAGGACCUUCAACGAAAUAUUAGGCGCCAUCUUUUUAAGUUAGUCAAGAAACUACGGAUUUUUCAACUUCUCGAUGAACCUGUCAUUGAUGCUAUACAAGAGAAGCUGAAAACAACAUCCUACAUUAGAGGCAGUGAGAUAUUAUAUCCAGGUGGUCUAGUUGAUAAAACAGUAUUUAUAAUUCGUGGAAAGAUGAAGAGCACGGGAGAAGAUGUGAUACAAGUCUUAUACUACUAUUAUUAUUUAGUUUAGAUAUAUUAGGGAUUUGCAUAUCUUUUUCUAUAUCUUUGUUUUCUUGUUCAUUAAGUCAGUAGCAUUAUAAAUAGGAGUUAUUGUUAU